AUAAUUGCUCUCCUAGAGAUGUUUUGAUCCUGUUGUUUGAGCUAUGUGUUUUUGGUCACUUAUUUUUUAUUAUCCUUUAGUUUAAGCUAUGAAGAAGGACAUCCCUCACACUCUGAAACAGAUCUCCUUCAGAGACAGACUUUUGCAGCCUCUCAUCAGCUUCCUGGAUAUGCUACCACACCUCAGGCAACUGGUCUUUCUGGAAUAUUUGAUACUAGUGUGAACAGCGCCAGCACUAACACUAAAGAAUCUUCAGUGAUGAACUUUCUGUCUGCUGUUGAAUCCCGAACUGCUCAGGCUGCUUCUUCAGGAACUACUCUUUUACCACAAUUCAGGGCUCCAUCCUGGCAGACAGGUAUGCAUUCCUCAGCAGCAACUGAGCUGUUUGUUACUGGACCUUUGCCAACCACUGGAACACUUCCACCCUCUGCCCUCUCUGCUUAUCAGCAUCCCACCACCUUCAGCAAUAGAAACUUUGCUACCACCUCACCUUUGGUGCUUCAGGAUUCAUCUUUUAACACUACAUCAAAUGGAAUUUUAAAUCCUCAUGACCCUUUGCUACAAAUCAAGACUUCCCAGGGAACUGUUCCAACUGCUUUGGCAUUUGAGCGCCUGGGCAGUUCUGCGUUAAGUAACAGCAUACCACCUCAGUCUUCAACAUACCGCUCAGCUCAAGAGUCUGCACCCCAUCUUUUACAACCUCAAUUUAGUUUGUUGCCUUCAGCACUUGGGGGAGCCCAGCAAACUCCUCAAGCCUACAGUUCAACUCUCUUUACUAGUUCUACUGCUUCCAUUGAAAGAGCUCUUCUUCGAGAAUGUAGUGUUAUUAAACACCAUCAGCGGCCUUCAGGUACCCAGUCUAUUCAGGCACAACUGACUGGUUCACAGCAUUCCUUACAUAGCUAUCUAUCAAAUGCAAGUGUAGUUAAUUUUCAGGAAACAAGCAGGCAGUCAUCUUUAUCCUGUAGCCCAAUCGGAGAUUCUACUCAGGUGAGCAAUGGAGGAUUACAACAGAAGACCUCCCAGGUGUCAGUGGAUCUUGCUCAGUCUUACUCAUCUGCAAUUCCAUCAUCAGGGUUUCCUCCUUCUACCACAAAAGUAAAAAGCUGUUCUACGAAACAACCACUAACGUCAACUAAGACCCCCAAACCUCAAAGUAUAAUUCCUCCUGUGCAAACAUUAAGCUAUUCCAAACCUUUACAUAAUCCGAGUUCUGUAAUAUCGGGCCAAGCACAGAUUUAUUCUACAGCGCAGCUACCAAGCCUUUUAUCAGUCAGUCAGUCCCAGAAUUACGGUUUAGGACAGCCACAUAAUGUGCCAUCUAUUGUUCAUUCACAGGUGUAUAGGUCCAACAAAGUCGAGAAGUUGCCAUCCUUAUAUAAAACAUUGACUUUCUCUGGAUCAUCUCAGACUAUAACUUCUGAAAAUCAGACCCUUAAUUAUUCCUCUAAUCAACAGGAAGUAUUAUCUUCAGUUACAAAUGAGAACUACCCUGCUCAAACGAGAGAUCUAUCUUCAGUUAGUCAGUCUCAGAGUUAUUCAUCUAGCCAUUCUCAGGGUUUAUCACCAGUUAGCCAGACACAGGUUAGUUAUUCAUCUCAGUCACAAGUAUUGUCAGUUGUUAGCCCCUCAGAAAGCUAUGCUUCAGGGCAGUCCCUAACAUUAACAGCCCCUUCUCUUUCUUACUCUUCCGCCUCUCGGGCUCAGAAUUUGUCAGAUUCUAGUCCAAACCAGAAUUAUAUUUCUAUGCAUUCUUCCCAAAAUGCUCAGACUCAAGGGUCAUCAUCUCCCCAGUCCCAAAAGUUUUUGCCUGCUGUCCAGUCAUCAUCUUUUGCAACUUCUACCCACUGUCAGACAUUACAGAACAACAUACCUUCCCCUGAUCCAAAGUCUUAUGCUGAAAGAAAACUUGACUCAAAUGUGUAUACAUCUUCAAAGCAAGAAGAGGAUUUUCCAAUGCAGGAGUUACAGGUAUUACAGCCACAAGUAUCUCUUGAGUCAUCAACCCAAAGGCUAUCUGAUGGAGAAAUCAAUGUUCAAGAAUCCGCUUAUAAGGUGUCAAAGGCAGAGGACAGAUAUUCUCAGAGUGUGAUCAGAAGUAAUUCUCGUCUUGAGGAUCAGGUUGUUGGGAUUGCCCUACAAGGGUCAAAAAAAGAAGAAAGCAUGGUUGGUUCAGUGACACAACUUACCCAACAAAUUGGCCAAGUCAGUGCAGCAACUCUUGAUAUUAAGAAGGCAACUAAUUUAAUGCAAACACCACAAAUAAGAUUGAAUGCUAAAGACCUCACGCAGCAGCAUGCUCUUAUACACAAGGUACAUGAAGCCAAGGUCCAGGAGCAACAUGAUCAAAUAAUCAAUGCUUCAUCUCAGAUUCAAAUUCCAAAUCAUUCUUUAGGGCAUGGCCAUCAGGCAUCUCUUCCUAAUACACAGGUUCUUUUAGAUUCUACCUGUGAUCUACAAAUUCUUCAGCAGUCAAUACUGCAGGCAGGUUUAGGACAAGUAAAGGCAUCUUUACAAGUACAGCGUGUUCAAAGUCCUCAACAAAUAGUACAUCCUUUCCUUCAAAUGGAUGGUCAUAUUAUUCAGAGCAAUGGUGAUCAUUCUCAGCAGCAACUCCAUCCUCAAACUUCUGAAAUCAUAAAAAUGGACCUCUCUGAGUCUUCAAAACCAUUACAACAACAUCUAACAACAAAGGGCCAUUUUAGUGAAACAAAUCAACAUGAUUCGAAGAAUCAUUUUGUUUCUCUUGGAUCAAUAUGUUUCCCAGAGGCAAUGCUUCUCAGUGAUGAGAGAAAUAUUUUAUCAAAUGUAGAUGAUAUCUUAGCAGCUACAGCAGCAGCUUGUGGGGUUACUCCUUCUGAUUUUUCCAAGUCAACUUCAAAUGAAACCAUUACAGCAGUUGAAGAUGGUGAUUCUAAAUCUCAUUUUCAACAGUCAUUAGAUGUUGGGCAUGUGACUUCAGAUUUUAACUCCAUAACAACUGCAGUAGGAAAGCCACAGAAUAUAAAUGAUAUAUCCUUAAAUGGAAAUCAAGUCACUGUAAACCUUUCACCAGUACCUACCCUCCAGUCAAAAAUGACUCUUGAUCAACAGCAUAUUGAAACUGGUCAAAAUAAAGCAUCUAAAGUAAUUUCACCAGUGGUUGGACCAAGUCAUGAAGCCCAGGAGCAAAGUUCUGGCUCAUUCAAGAAACAGUCUGCUACCAAUCAUGAAUCGGAAGAGGAUAGCGAAGUUCCUAUUGAUAAUACGUUAAACAAUAACAGAAGCCAGGAGUUUAUUUCUAGUAGAAGUAUAAGUGGAGAGAGUGCUGCAUCGGAGAGUGAGCUCACCUUAGGGGGUGAUGACAGCAGUGUGUCGGUGAACCCAUCUAGAAGUGCACUUGCACUGUUGGCCAUGGCCCAACCUGGGGAGGCCGUUGGUGUCAAGAUUGAAGAGGAAAACCAAGAUUUAAUGCAUUUUAACCUGCAGAAGAAAAAACCCGGGAAGGGGCAAAUGAAAGAGGAAGACAACAGUAAUCAGAAACAGUCGAAAAGAACUGCCCAGGGCAAACGCCAGAAUCCAAGGGGAACAGAUGUGUAUUUGCCAUACACCCCUCCUUCCUCAGAAAGCUGCCACGAUGGUUAUCAGCACCAAGAAAAAAUGAGACAGAAGAUCAAAGAAGUAGAGGAAAAACAGCCAGAAGUCAAAACAGGAUUUAUUGCCUCUUUCUUAGAUUUUCUGAAAUCCGGGCCCAAGCAGCAGUUUUCCACUCUUGCCGUCCGAAUGCCCAACAGGACUAGACGACCAGGGACCCAGACUGUUCGUACACUUUGUCCCCCACCGCUUCCAAAGACUUCUUCUACGACACCCACACCAUUAGUGUCUGAAACUGGGAGCAACAGUCCAUCAGAAAAAGUCGAUAAUGAACUUAAAAACUUGGACCAUUUAUCUUCAUUUUCUUCUGAUGAAGAAGAUUCUGGAGUAUGCAGUCAUGAUAUUUAUAAAAGCGCCUCUACUACCUUAAAUACAUUGGAUGCUACUUCUGAUAAAAAGAAGAAAACAGAAGCCCUACGGGUGGCAACUACUAGCCCAACUGCCAAUACUACUGGUACUGCUACUCCGUCCUCUACCACUGUGGGUGCAGUUAAGCAAGAACCUCCCUCUACUUCAUCUACAGUAAAUAUCCUGGAAAAUAUAAAUUCUACAGAACCCCCAAAACCCUGUGAACUUGAUGGUCUUCCUUCAGACCAGUUUGCAAAAGGACAGGACACUGUUGCCAUAGAAGGUUUUACAGAUGAGGAAAACACAGAAAGUGGAGGAGAAGGCCAAUACAGAGAGCGUGAUGAAUUUGUGGUCAAGAUAGAAGACAUAGAGACUUUUAAGGAGGCUUUAAAAACAGGAAAAGAACCCCCAGCUAUUUGGAAAGUACAGAAAGCUUUAUUACAGAAAUUUGUUCCUGAAAUUCGAGAUGGACAAAGAGAAUUUGCUGCUACCAAUAGUUACCUUGGGUAUUUUGGAGAUGCAAAGAGUAAAUACAAAAAGAUAUAUGUGAAGUUCAUUGAAAACACAAACAAAAAGGAAUAUGUCAGAGUGUGUUCCAAAAAGCCAAGAAAUAAGCCUUCACAAACUAUCAGAACUGUUCAGGCUAAGCCAAGUAGUAGCAAUAAAACUUCUGAUCCUCCAACACCAAAAACUACAACUACAAAAGCCCCUUCCGUGAAACCCAAAGUUAAACAGCUGAAAGUAAAGGCUGAGCCACCACCAAAGAAACGGAAGAAAUGGAAAGAAGAGUUUUCAUCAUCCCAAUCUGACUCCUCUCCUGAGAUCCAUUCUAGUAGUAGUGAUGAUGAGGAAUUUGAUCCUCCAGCUCCCUUUGUCACUCGUUUUUUGAACACAAGAGCGAUGAAGGAAACCUUUAAGAGCUACAUGGAAUUGCUUGUUAGCAUUGCUUUGGACCCUGACACAAUGCAAGCCUUAGAGAAGAGCAAUGACGAGCUACUUUUGCCUCAUAUGAAAAAAAUAGAUAGCAUGCUGAAUGAUAACCGAAAGAGACUUCUUUUGAAUCUUCAUUUGGAUCAGUCAUUCAAGAAUGCUUUGGAAAGCUUUCCCGAACUAACAAUAAUUACUCGAGACUCCAAAGCAAAAAGUGGGGGUUCUACUAUUUCUAAAAUCAAAAUGAAUGGCAAAACUUAUAAUAAGAAAACUCUAAGGACUUCUAAAACAACCACCAAAUCUGCACAAGAGUUUGCUGUUGAUCCAGAGAAAAUACAGCUGUAUUCUUUGUAUCAUUCACUCCAUCAUUAUAAAUAUCAUGUUUAUCUGAUAUGUAAAGAUGAGAUUUCUUCUGUGCAAAAAAGAAAUGAAGACUUAGGACAGGAAGAAAUUGUUCAACUCUGUAUGAAAAAUGUAAAAUGGGUGGAAGACCUAUUUGAAAAAUUCGGAGAACUUCUAAAUCAUGUACAGCAGAAAUGUUCCUAACAUUUCCACAAAAGUUCCGUCUGUGUUAUAGCACUAAUGAACUGGCAGAGAUGGAGGGCCAAAGCAGGUGUAGGGCCUCAGAUAAGUGAAUGUGAAGCAGUGGUCUCCUGCAGGCACACCUGCUUUGCUCAUAGAACUUACUGAUGACCUCUGCUGAAGGACAGUCGUGCUGCCCAGGAAGUCAGUCCUUUGGAAAUGGACCUAAAAUCCACCACAUUUUUAUCCUAAUGAAUGAUUUUUCUAUUUUGUAAACCAUUGGGUAACAGUUUUAUUUUCAGAAAUUUUUUUGACAAAAUGAUGAAGCAUGCACUAAAUAUAAUUUUUCUUUAUUGCUUGAGAGAUAACACUUCAGUAACUUGAUUAUUUUUUUCCUGACUCUGACUAAACACCAGAACGAAAGAGAGGUGGCACCAAACGCCUAUGUUUAUAUUCGUGUCUGGCCACAAAAUGGAAAGUAUUGUACAUUAUGUAAACAGAUCUGGUGUGAUGUGACAUUUUGUAUGAGAAUAUCCUCAAUUUAAAAUAUGAAAUUCAGAAACUGCAUUCUGCUUUACGAACUCCUUUUACUCUUAACAUGUUCAGGAAACUGGAUGUGGAAUUGGUGCAAUUCUAGGACUGCUUUUUGUGUCAAAUUAUAUUGUAAUGAAAAAAACAAUGACAUACUAUUUUCCCUAUCUCAAAGAAAAGUAUUUUCCUUUAUACUGUUUUUUCCUUUGGAAAAAUUUUCAAUUGUACAUUUUAUUUCACUAAUAGUUGUAUUUUUCACAAGGAAAAUGUGGUUAUAAUUAUGUUUGAUGUAUCUGUACUACACUUUUCAUUAUUUUCAGUAAAUCUUAUUUAGUUAUAUAUUGAAUUUCUAUUGUGAAUUCUAUCUUGAGGUAACCAUUUUUGUUUAUAUGGAUUUGCUUCAGUGUUAUCCAGAAUAUGCAUUCAGUACUAGAAUUAGUGUAGCUUUAUAAGUGGAGUUGUGUUAGACACUGCAGUCAUUUUCUAAUUCAUGAAAAUCGACUCCUUACUAGUACUUGAUUAACCAAUUUGUGAAAAUCAAAAUUAACCACCAUUAUACAUUUGGAAGAAUAAAAUUUAUAAAUAGGCGACAUGCAGUGUUAAACACAGCUUACCUAACUCUUAGAACUGGAAGUGGUAGAACUCUCCUUUUGGUGCCUUUCCAACUUUUAUACAUGCUGUUGUAGCUUUCUUUAGUUUGAUAGCUAGUGUUUCAAGUAGUUUAGCUGAGACAGUGAAUGUAUUAGGUUCAACAUGACCUUUUGUUU